UGUUGUUGUCACGUGACAGGACUUCUUCCUCUUUUAUGUUUCCUUGAAUUUUAGCCACAAUAAUCUUUUUUUUCUUCUUCUCAAAGACGCCGAAAUAUUUCACGUGGAGGCAACACAAAGAUUAAUGAAAUGUCUGCGAAACCAACUUGUUUGAUAGUAGCGAGUGCGUCCCCUCAAGGAGUGUCCGCAAAGUCUUUCCAUCAGUCCUUCAGUCUAUGUACCUCAGCGUUUAAUCUCCAAACAGCCACACCGGGGGGGAAGCCAAUAGACUUUGUUGGAGUGGAUGAAAGCACUGCCAGAUGGGUGCAGGACUUCAAUGUGAAACCUUACGCAACACCAGCAAAACUUGAAUCUAUAGAUGGUGCCCGAUAUCAGGCACUGCUCAUCCCAGACUGCCCUGGAGCGCUGAAUGACCUGGCACACAGUGGCUCUCUGCACCGCAUACUCACACAUUUCAUCUCUCACCAAAAGCCUGUUUGUGCGGUGGGACAAGGAGUGUCGGCUCUGUGUUGUGCCACCGAGGGACAGCAGUGGAUCUUCAAUGGCUACAGUUUAACAGGGCCGUCAGUGUUUGAACUGGUGCGGAGGCCUGACUUUGCCAACCUGCCCCUGAUUGUGGAGGACUUUGUGAAAGACAGUGGAGGGUCAUACACAGCAAGUCAAGAAGAUGCUGUGCAUGUCGUCGUCGACAGACACCUGAUAACUGGUCAGAACAUGCAGUCAACCUCACUUUCAGUAAACAAUCUAAUCCUGCUCUGUAGUGCCAAGUGAAGAUAGAGAAGCACUCACUAAUUCAACAGUUUAGUUGUCUCACAUUUAUAUUCAUGUAAUUAAACAAACAUUCAUCUCAGACAAAUAUUGGAAGAUGCUGGGUCAGAACAGAUGUUUGGCAACAAUGUAAAUACAACUUCAUUACUUGUCACUGCUGCUUAUUACAAAUUCAAUAAAAGCCACACAAUCAGAUGCCUUGAGUUGAAGAUGACAGGAAAAACAAACUUAGGGAGUCAGGAGCAGAUGCAUUCUUGAUGAUGGAUGUUCAAAGUCAAAAAAAGGCUGCAUCUACUCUGCAAGCAAAGCUGCAUCUGAGAGCAGAAAUGUUUGUAGGCAAAACAGACUGAACAAAAUGUCUGUGGCACAUGAACUCUGAAGGCCUCUGAGCAACAAUAUACCCCCUCCAUUUAAACUCGAUACACACUGAUGAUCAUGCACCUUCUGUCGCUGAAUGGAGAUGUGUUACUGCACUCUGACUGAACUGUACAAGUAGAUUUUCCCCCCACAAUAUCAUUGAUUAAACAGGAGGAAAACACACUGAAGUACCGAUUGGUAAACAAAUCCCAGUUUCAUUCAUUUUGACAAGAUUUCCCAACACUUUUCAUGACCCUCAAACAGGUUGAGUAAUAACCAAACUCUUUCAAUGGCUCAUUUCAGAGUUCAUUUCACCUGCUCAGAGAGAAACAGAAAAAUUAUACCUGCAAAUAGCACCUGAGUUUUUGGUGCGCUGUGUCUCAGAAAGAAAAAACAAAUCCAUGUGCUGAUGAUUCAAGGUCCACAGUCUUCGCUAACAAGUCCAACUCUCAUAGGAGAUCAUAGAAAUAAUCCAGUCCCUGUCCCAGUUCCCAUAAGGAAAUUCCAGUUCCCAGUUCAGUGGCUAAAGAGAUUCUCAAGUAGAUAGACUGUGAAACAAUUAAAAAAUAUGUUAAUCUACACAUUACUGUGAGCAUAAGUUGUGUUUACCUCCAAAAAUAUGUAAAUUAUGAGGAGUUUUACCUUCAGUGAUGGAUAGUACACCACAUGCUUCACUGCAUUGUUCCUGAAAUGACAGCGUAGGGACACAUCUUGUUAAAAGAUGCUGCUGGAUGCAAAUGUUUCCUCAUUAAAAGUUUUAUAUUAUUAUUACCUCUUGUAACUGAAAUAAUGCUCUGCAGAAUAUUCAUCCCAGAGAAGUUUGGGCCUGUGUUCUCGCAAAAUCUCAAUGUACCUACAGAAAAUGAAACAUAAGUGUUAGAGACCAAAGUUGGAAAAGUGUUGGUUAUUUCACACAAUGAGAGGUUUCUGUUUUUGUGUUUUUGUCCUUGCUCUUCUCACUGGUUUGAUGAGGGCGGGACUUAGCUGGAAAAAAGUGACAUCAUGUACCUCUGUGCGCCAGAGUUCAGCAACAUUUGAAUUAAAAUUUGAUUACA